AUGGCAAAGAUCCAAAGGUUUGUGAAAAUUAGGCGAUUUCACACCAUCACACACCAAGAAACCAUAAAACCAGCAUGCCAAACACCUCCUCAACAAAAACUUCAUAAUCUUUCAAUGCUUGAUCACAUAAUUCCGAACGUCCAUAUACCAUUGGUUUUCUUCUACAAAAACUACAAAAGUUGUGAUAUCAACAUCUUAAAAAAAGCACUAUCAAAGAAUUUAACACAAUACUAUCCAUUUGCUGGCAGAUACCUUAAUGCGCCUUUUUCACCUCACAUCCAUUGCAACGAUGAAGGAGUCGAGUUCUUGGAAGCUUCUAUUGACAUCCCACUCUAUGACUUCGUUCUCAAGAGAGACGUAGACGAAACAAUACUAAACAAACUCAUUCCAAAUGGGCUAGGUUGUGCUGUUAAUAAAACUAGUUCUAAUAUGCUAGAAGUCCAACUGAACCAUUUCCCUUGCAGUGGGGCUGCAUUAGCUGUGUCCAUCUCACACAAGGUCGGUGAUGGACUCACGAUGGCCAACUUCCUAAGCCAUUGGGCAACUGUUACUCGUGGUGGAUUGCCAAUAAAUCCUAGUUUCAUUUCAUCCAACAUAAAAGAUACUGCUAAUCUUCUUGAUUUCUAUGGGAAUAAUGGGAAGUUAUUGUCCAAAGCCAUAAAAAAAUCUGCAGGUUCGGUUCAAUUGUCAAAUUUGGGUUUAGUAGUGAACAUGAGAGAAAAAAUCAGCACUAGUUGUCCUAAAGCAAUGGCAGGCAACAUAUUUACAACAGCGAUUGCAAAGAUGAUUGAUUCGGGUGAAAUCCAGUUAAACAAGGUGAUAACUAGUUUGAGGAAAGAUAGAUUGGAUAUUCAAGGAAUAAGAGAUGUGGAAGAAGUAGGCAAAAUGUUCUUAAAAACAUUAUCAACCUUAGCAGACGAUCAAAAUCAUCGAACUUAUAUGUGUUCUAGCGUGUGUAGAUUUCCAUUUUACCAGGUGGAUUUUGGGUGGGGAAAGCCUGAACGAGUAAUUAUAGUAACUACUGGUAUCCUGGGUUCUAGUCAUUUUGUUGUUAUGGAUACUGCGUCUAGAGAUGGUAUUGAAGCAAUCGUGCAUUUAGAAGAAGGAGAAAUGGCUAUUCUUCAAAAUCACAAAGAACUUCUUCUAUAUGUUGAAGACAACUAA